AUGGGCAAGAACGAGGAUUUACCAACCAUUCUAAAUAUCGCAGACAUUGAGAUUUUAACAAGAGAACAAUGUAUUCAUUAUUUAUGGGUCUAUGGUGUUUCAUUUACAAAUAAUGAUACUAUCCCAUUGAAAAAGGAAUUAAAAGAUACAAUUGGUUUCACGUUAAGAAGUGAUUCAAUAUUCGACUUUCAUAUUUUUCGAAAUUAA